CUUUCCCUCCUUCUCUCCAUUACCUCCAGCUUCUCUCCAGCCCACUUCGCAGUUCCUCCUCGGCGUCCCAGUCAGUCGGUCGGUCAGUCAGUCACUUACCAAGACAGAAGAAGAAGAAAGCGUCCCUCCCUUCUGUACAGAGUGGUGGCGGCGGCGGUGAUGGCGGCGGCGGCGGAGGUGGUGGUGGUGGUGGUGAUGGCGGUGGUGGUGGUGAUGGGCAAACAAACACCACCACAAGACGCACACACACACGCACACGCAGACGCACACACACGCACACAGCAACAGCCACCUCUUGAUCACGGAGAUACGUACAUAUACACACGCACGAACACACAGACUGAAGGAGACAUAAACGUACAUGAAAAUCCGUACACAGACAGGCUCACGUACACGGGGAAUAGUACAUACACGGACACGUACACGGACGAGGACACGGACGCGGACACGGACAUAUUCGUCAUCGACAUCACGGACAAACAACAACAACAACAACAACAACAACAACAACAACAACAACAACAACAACCAAAGUUAGAAGAAGGAACAGAAGAAGCAGAAGAAAACGAUGAACUGAAGGAAGAGGAGACGAAGAAGACGAACCAGAAGGAGGAAGACGAGGAAGAAGAACAAACUGAGGAACAGGAGGAGGAGGAGGAGGAAAAGAAGGAAGAAGAGAAGGAGGAAGAGGAAGAGAAACCAUCACCACUCCACUUCUCCACCAGCGACAAUCUUACAAUGGUUAUGGAGUGCAUCAAGGCCUUUGGUUCAUCGGGUCUUCCCAAACUCAAGGCGAGCCAGGGCGCGGGCAAGACCUUCUCCUGCAAGACUCCUGAAGGCGUUGCUCACUUCCGCUCCAGACGCUCUACUGAGGACGCCUGGACCCCAAUCACGAAGGAGGAGAAUGAGGAAGAGGAGGAGGAGAAGGAGAAGAGCGAGACAUUAGAAUCAGUAACAGAGCCCAGAGUCGCACUUCCAGUUGGCCCGUUAGUCUCGCAACGCGCUGAUGAGGUCUACGCUAGGGAUCAUGGGGGGCAUAAGGGGCAUGGUGGAGGGCAUAAGGGGCAUGAGGGAGGGCAUAAAGGGCAUGGGGGAGGACAUGGAGGAGGGUAUGGACACGGUGGAGGCCAUGGAGGCGGUGGAUACGGGCAUGGAGGUGGUGGUCAUGGGGGUGGUCACGGUGGUUACAAAGCCGCUAGCUACGACUACAAACCACCUCCAUAUCACAAAGGGCCCAGCUACUACCCCGCGCCUUACAAGGGUCCCGCCUACAGCCCUUACGACUUCCAGGCCAAGGGCAAGGCGCAGUUCAACAAGAAGACCAAGUACGGUGACGAUCCCGUGAAGGAGUCCCAGAAGUUCCAGUACCACCCACAUGGAGACCAGCCGCUAGCCUACUUCGGUGGAUUCGGAGGCGGUGGGACAGUCGGCUAUGGGGGAGGUUAUGGUGGUGGACAUGGUGGUGGUGGUGGUCAUGGUGGUGGUGGUGGUCAUGGUGGUGGUGGGUAUGGAGGAGAUCAUCAUGGUGGUGGUGGAGGGUAUGGUGGUGGUGAUCAUCAUGGAGGUGGUGGUUAUGGUGGUGGUGAUCAUCAUGGUGGUGGUGGAGGGUAUGGUGGUGGUGAUCAUCAUGGUGGUGGUGGGUACGGAGGAGAUCAUCAUGGCGGUGGUGGUCAUGGUGGUGGUCAUGGCGGCGGAGGCUACGACCACCAUGGACAUAGCAAGACCGUGGAGACUUAUGAAUCGUAUACUAAACCGUCCCACUACGAAGAUACCCUCAAAAACCACCAGCCCGCGGAGUACACGCCACCAGCUCCCAGUUACAGCCCACCAUCCCCACCAGUUUACAGCCCACCCCAACCCAUUUACAGCCCACCCCAACCUAGUUACAGCCCCCCUAAAGACACGUACGCCCCUGCCCCUCCUUCCUAUAGCCCCCCCACGUACAACCCCAAGCCCCAAGGUCCCACAAUCACGUACGAGGUGCUGGACGAUCCCUACAACACAUAUAACCCCAAGGACGAUGUUAGCUUGAAGAAGGAGAGCAAGGCGAGAGUUGACACCCCUUCUGUUUACAAAUCCCGAAGUGCUCCCAACGCAAGAUCUGACGAAGAGGAAGAGGAGGACAAGGAGGGUGGUUCUAAGGGGAAAGGGGAGCAAAAGGACCACGCCAUCCCCUUUUCUCCUAGAUUCCCCUUUUCUCCUCGCCCUUUAGGUCUCAGGCCGAAGAAUUUUAAUCCGUUUUCCGACCUCUUUUCCGACUUAGAUAAGAAUUAGGUGAGGAAGGAAGGAAGGAAGGGGAGAGAGAAGGAGGGAUGAGAAAGUAAGGGAAGAAGGAAGUGAAGAUGAAGAUACGGAAGGAAGGAAGGAAGGAUAAGGGAAGAGAACGAGGGAUGGAAUGAAAGUAAGAGAAGGGAAUGAAAAAUAGAGGUAGAGAAAUUAUGGAGAUGAAGAGGGAGAGAGGAAAGAAAGGAGGGAAGGAAGGAAGGAGAGAUAGAGAAACGAGGGAAGAACUUGAGUGAAAAAAUAGAGGUAGAAAAAAUGAUUAAGAUGAUGGGAGGGAGAAAAAAGGAAGGAGAGAAGGAAGGAAGGAGAGAUAGAGAAAAGAGAGACAUAUACAAGUGAGUGAGGGAAGAACUUGAGUGAAAAUAUAGAGGUAGAAAAAAUGAAGAUGAAGGGAGAGAGAAAAAAGGAAAGAAGGAAGGAAGGAAGGAUGAAAUUGCUAUGUAGUAGAACGUGAAUAUCUAGUCUUUUAUCUUUCCUCUUGUUAUUGCUAUUGACUUACGCGGCGGGUCCGUGUGUGUGUGUGUGUGUGUGUGUGUGUGUGUGUGUGUGUGUGUGUGUGUGUUUGUGUGUGUCAUAUCCUCUUUAAAAUGAAUCUUCAGUCUUUUCUGGAACACCUCAAAUCUAUCCUUGUUUGUUUGUUUGUUUGUUUGUUGGAGUUUGUGUGUUUGUUUUCAUCUGUCGAGAAAUUUUAACUUUUUUUCACUUUUCUUCACUUCUUUUUUCACUUUUUUUUCAUUUUUUCACUUUUUUCAUUUUUUUCACUUUUUUCACUUCAAUUUUUUCACUUUUCUUCACUUUUCUUCACCUCACUUUUUCACUUUUCUUCACUUUUUCUAACUUCUUUUUUCACUUUUCACUUUUUUUUCACUUUUCUUCACUUUUUUAACUUCUUUUUUCCCUUCACUUUUUUUCACUUUUCUUCACUUUUCAUUUUCUUCACUUUUUUUCACUUCACUUUUUUCACUUCACUUUUUUUCACUUUCUUCACUUUUUUCAUUUAUCUUUUUCGCGACUGUCAUUUGUUUAUAUUUUCUUAUUGUUUUCCUUUUUCCAGUUUAUCGUUUUUUUGUAUUUGUUUUGUUUGUUGUUGUUUAUUCUUGUUGUUUGUUUGUUUGAAGAAAAAGGAGAAUAAAAAUCUGUAUUAAAUGGAGCAGAAUUUCAUGACUCAAAAAUAUGUGUGUUUGUAUUUCCCUUUUUGACUCAGUGAUUUUCUUUCUUUCCCUCAUUUUGGUGUGUUACGUAAUUUUAGACACGCCCAAAAUAAAGAAAUAAAUAAAAUAAUAAAUAAAUAAAUAAAUAAAGAGAGGAAGAAGGCAGGAAAUGACAGGAAGAAAGAAAGAAAACAAAGAAAGAAAUAGAUAAAUAUACGAGUUAAAACAAUAGAAAAAAAGAAUGAAUAAAGAAAGAAAAGAAAGAUAAAUAAACGUACGAGAAAAACGGAAAUAUGAUGGAAAUGGAUGAAAAAAAAGGAUGAUAAAAAUGAAGAGAAAAAACUUGAUGAUAAAAUGAAAAGGGAGAAGAAAAUAACAACAAAAAAAGAAAGAAUAGGAAGAGAUUGAAGCAACUAUAAAUAUAAAUAUAAUAAAGAUGUAGAGAAAAAAUAACCAAACAAAAUA